CUGGGGCUGACACAGCAGCAGGAAGCCGGAUGCUCUGAGCCGCCCCUGUGGUGCCUGCAGGAGCCGGUGGCUGGGUUCGUCCAUGAGGAGCUCAGGGGAUGUUCAGUGCUACUGCCUGCCCCACGUCCUGCAGUGACCAGCUACACACCAGGGACAGCCGGGACAGCAGAGGCUCGGAAUGGUCUCCUCUCCAGAUCCUGUGGCCAUGGAAAUUCCCCCCAGGAGCCCUGAUGGGAGUCAGAAGUCUCCUCAGUCCAAGGAGCUGCUGACCAGUAACACAGCCAGCACCCUCUGCAGCAGCUCCCGGAGCGAGUCUGUCUGGACCAACACAUCCAGAAGCAAGUGGAACAUAUAUCAGAAGCCGCUCAUUGUCAUGUCUGUUGGAGCAGGCAUCUUCCUCUUCGGGGUGGUCAUCACCAGCCUGACUUGCCUCCAAAGCAGCAACAAAAAAAUCUACAAAAUGUGUGGUCCAGCUUUCCUGUCCCUGGGACUGAUGCUCCUUGUCUGUGGCCUGGUCUGGAUCCCCAUCAUCCGGAAGAAGCAGAAGCAGAGACAGAAGUCAAAGUGUCUGCAGACCCUCAGGUCCUUCUUCUUUAACCGCUGAGGGCAGCCCAGGACCUUCCUGGGAAGGCUCUCAUCCUCUCUACACACCUCUGUUGGUUAGCUGUAGUAAGAACCAUGUCCCUGUACUCUCCUAGAGGAUUUCAUCCCAUUAAGUCUCUUCCCUACAGUUGAAAUGCACUGUAUCAGCCUCCAGUGGGAAAAUGAACUUUGUAUUUCAUCCAAGUAACCCCAGAGAAAAGAGAUCAGGAUUUUGCAGCUGAGCCCCGCAUGGCAGGUUCCAAGCUCUCUGCAUCACCCUCCUGUCCAGUGAUCAACCCACCAUCACAUACUGGGGAAAGCAAAGCUCCCAUGUAACCUGCUUUCACCCAGCAGCUUCUGCAAGAUGCAUCAGCAGAGAGGAAUCAACUGGCUACAGAACGUGAGUGAAGCCUGGUGUGAACAUUGCUGACUGCAAACUGCAGCUCAGCUGUAGAAGCUGGGAGACGAGAGAUGGUUCAUCCAGGGUCAGCACAGAAGCAGGACAAUGUAGUUCCAGAGUGCUUUGUAGCAGAGGAGGCUGCCAGAACAGGCAGCACCAAAGCUCAGGAGGACCAGAUGUAAUGCCCAUAGGCAAUGUCCUGUCAUUGAUGUGUUACAGCUGCUGGCUAAGACAUGGCUGCAAACUGGAGCUCACUCCUUGCUCAGAGUGGAGCAUUCACAAGCUUUAUUUAUUGCUCUGAAGGGUCAAGGUGAGGAGCAGCAUCACGAGCAGCAUUCUUUGCUCCCACUUGCAGAGGGUGUUUCCCAAAGGCCUGCAGCAACAAAGCUUCUCUGUUUGCACUGAUGCUGUCUGCAGAGCCACCCAUA